AUGUGGUUAGAAACACACUGCAAGAACAUUCGCCAAGCCUUGCUGCUUCUUUUCACUGCUGCUCUUCUCAUUGGGGUCACCAUGCUGGCUGUCUCAUCUAACAUCAACCCAGUAGGCUAUUUCUUCCUAGGAGCAGGGGGAGUGUGCCUGAUGGGCUAUUUGCUCAGCAUAUUUGUCGACUGCUACCUGAGGAAUCAGCACCAACGUGACGCAAACGAGAUAACUCCAAGCAGGCAGAGCCAAGCAGGGGUGAAUGCUGCCUAUGAAGCUCCCACUUACGAGGAGGUGAUGACCAUGUCAGCUCCAGCAAUAUGGACAAUUGCAUCCAAUCCAGGCUCAGUGCCCUCACCACUGAAUGAGCCUCCUCCUUACAGCAUAGUUAUUGAAUCAUCUGCUCAGGAAGAGAUUAGGGUGGAGGGUCUCACGCUGUCAGUGGCAUCAGACUCCAGGCGGUCCUCUGAGCCAGCCGCAGGCUCCAGGGCGCACUCACAGCUGGCACUGCCCCUGAGGUGUCAGCGCUUUGUUUCGGACAUCCAUGAAAUGAAAGGGAUUGAAGACAGGCUUGAGCCACUGGAACCACUCACUCCACCACCUGCUUAUGAGAGUGCCAUCAGUGAUGAAGUGUUUGAAGAUGCUUCCUAGCCCUCCAUGCACCUCCCUCUGCACCUUCCAUGAAUGCAGAGCCAAAUCCUCACCCCAAUACACGAUGUUCCCGUGAGGAAGGUGAAAGAGCUGAGAUUUUUUACACCUCAAAUUGCAGAGGUUCAUCUCAACACUCUUUGAACCACAGCUGAAACAGAUCCUGGUGACACAAACUAUUAGUGCAAUACCACAGCACUUUGGUUUGGUGAAUGCAUAAAAACACUGUGGGGAAAGGUGUGUUACAUAUAGCAAUGAUUCUCAGAGUGGGAGAAGAGUGAAUCAUGAGAAGAGACAAGGGUGCCAAAGGAUGUCUGCAGAAGGACUACAGGAUGCAGCCGGGAGAAGCUGCCCGGGAAAGGGAAGCAAUGGAGGUAGCAGCAGUGGGUGCUGCUUGUGCAUUAGAAAUAGCAGUACUGUUGAGAUCUGUGCAGUCAUGAUUACCCUAAAAUCUCUGCUGAGAGACAGAGGCUGCAUUCCCUGAGUUGGUGUUUCACAGCAACACAAAUUUCUGGACUGCACUGUUUGUUGUUACACCUGAUCCACAUCCUCCCUCUGCGGCACUUGGUCCACCUUCUCAGCUGUGCUGCACUGCAGUGUGGCUGAGGGAAGGGUAGCUGUCUUCAUCUGGAAGCUGGUACAACUUGAAACCUGUCACUUGAGGUUGAAAAGCUGAUGGCAAGUAUGCACCAUGAAAUUACUUCUGUUGUUGACAAGGUUCUUAUUCCAUACAGCCUGCAGAGGUGGACAAGAGGGGUAACAGCACUUUUCCUCCAGCAAGAGGGGCGAGCAGCAGGACACAUACACACAUAGCUGUCCUGUGCCUGGAACACUAGGUUCUGCAGCUCCACGGGAGGGUGUACGUCUCUGCUGUACUACAGCCCCUGACAGGGGGGUUUGCACUUUUACAAGUGGGUGUAUUUCUCUACUGUUCUACAGCCCCAGACAGGUGGCUGGAAAUACUUCAUUGUAUCACAGCAGGCAUUUGCACAGAAAGGUCAAUGCUCAGUCUGUCCCUAAGGAGAUACUGUGUGCAGAAGCUUCACUCUGGGCUCUGGACAGAACCAGUCGGCCUGCUGACACCAUAGAUGCAGUGGAGAACACCUGAGAGGAGCAGUGACGAGACAGGUGCAGUCUUCAUUAAGACAGCUUUAGGCUGGAGCUGGGUUAUGGCUCGCACUGCAAAGUAAUUGUGUGUGUGUGAGUUUAACUGAACUGAAGGUUCUGCAAUGUUAAAGUGGUCUGCAGUAUGCAGAAGGCUUCUUGUCUGGUGGAUGUGCAAAUAAAGAAAAGAAAGAAAAACAGCAGUGUGACUGUCCUUUAAAAGAAGAGCAGCAAUUAUCACAGCUUUGUCUCACAUAUUUGCAUCAUCUUUAAUUCACAAGGAGCCAUCAAACCAUAGUCUAGAAGCAAAUCAAUUAUUUCUCGUUGUUUGAUUCUUUAGAGCUCAAAGGGGGCAAAAAAGAGAGCAUUCAAUAUUAUUUAUAAAUAAAUG